CAUAUCUGUCAUUGUCAAUUUAAACGUCAAGUUGGGCAUCAGUAGAGUUCAGAAUGGGUUAUCAUAAGUGAUAAAAGUUAACUUAUGUUUGCGCAAAUAAAAACAUAUUAUAUAGUGUAAUCGAAGGAAUAGUUGGUUUUACAAGAAAUCACUAUGUCCAACAUACUAGUAAAAACGUGUUUAAACUCAUUACCGUCAAAAAUCGGCAGAUUUUCAUCAUUCUCCUUUGUGCAACCUCUGCAAGUGGUGUACGGAAAAAUCUACUCUGAGACACCUACCUCAAAGCAAUUUCAUACAAGCCCAAAAAUGAACAGCUCAAUUAUGAAUGGAAAUCUUUGGGAGACCGACCCUGAGCUAUAUGAAGUCAUUAAGAAGGAGAAGGAACGCCAGAGGUCUGGCCUGGAGAUGAUAGCUUCGGAGAACUUCACAUCAGUUCCUGUACUCCAGUGCUUGAGCACAUGCCUUCACAACAAGUAUUCAGAGGGCAUGCCCCACCAAAGAUACUAUGGUGGCAAUGAAUAUAUUGAUGAAAUUGAAAUCAUGGCACAGCAGAGAUCUCUUGCAGCUUACAGGCUUGACCCUGAACAAUGGGGUGUCAAUGUUCAGCCUUACUCUGGAUCUCCCGCCAACUUUGCUGUGUACACUGGUGUUGUUGAACCUCAUGGCAGGAUCAUGGGGUUGGACCUGCCUGAUGGUGGCCAUCUUACCCAUGGAUUCUUCACAGCCAACAAAAAAAUAUCUGCCACAUCUAUUUUCUUCGAAAGCAUGCCAUACAAGGUAGACCCUGUAUCAGGUUUAAUAGACUACGAGCAGUUAGCCAUAACUGCGAAGCUCUUUAAGCCACGUUUAAUCAUCGCUGGUAUGAGCUGUUAUUCCCGUUGUCUGGACUACAAAACUUUCCGCAAGAUCGCUGAUGACAAUGGCGCCUACUUGAUGGCUGACAUGGCCCACAUAUCCGGCCUGGUGGCCGCUGGUAUCAUCCCCAGCCCAUUCGAAUACUGCGACAUCGUAACUACAACGACACACAAGACUCUGCGAGGUCCCCGCGCUGGUGUCAUAUUCUACCGCAAGGGUGUCCGCAGCGUGAAGGCUAACGGCCAGAAGGUUAUGUUCGACAUUGAGAACAAGAUCAACCAAUCCGUGUUCCCCGGACUUCAGGGUGGACCACACAACCACGCCAUCGCUGCUAUCGCGACUGCCAUGAAGCAGGCAACCACUCCUGAGUUUGUUGAAUACCAGAAGCAGGUCGUGAAGAACGCGCAGCGUCUGUGUAGCGGGUUAGUAUCCCGCGGCUACUCCGUGGCCACGGGCGGCACGGACGUGCACCUGAUCCUCGUGGACAUGCGCAGCGCGGGGCUCACGGGCUCGCCGGCCGAGCGCAUCCUCGAGCUCUGCAGCAUCGCCUGCAACAAGAACACCGUGCCCGGGGACAAGAGCGCGCUCAACCCCUCAGGCAUCAGACUUGGAACUCCCGCUCUCACCACAAGAGGCUUAAAAGAGGCUGACAUCGACAGAGUAGUUGACUACAUCGACAAAGCUUUGAAAAUUGCCCAAGAGGUCACGAAGAUAUCAGGACCGAAAGUGGCUGAUUUCAACAAGACCAUUGAAGAAAGUGCAGACUUCAAGGCGAAAAUAACCAAACUUAGGGAAGAAAUCGAAAACUACAGCAGAGCAUUCCCUCUGCCUGGAUUUGAGACCUACUAAGCAUAAACUAUUUAACUGCUUUUGCAUUUAUAUUACAAUAUCCAUGGAUAUUAUAAGACAAUUAUUAAAAUUAAGUGCCUUAUAUGAUUUAGAUUAUAUACAUAGUAUUUAAGAAUCUCCUACUACUUUUAAUAAAUGUUGACAAUUAA